AUGGCACCUCAGGUUAACCCCCUAACAGGUGCUGCCUUCAGCAUGCCUUCUAUAGGAUCUAUCAACUGGAACAUGGACCCUGGGACAACACAGACACUCCCUGGCCGUCCUCCUCACACUCUCCUAAUGUUAAACCAGACCUCAGACAAUGCCAGUGCCUCAACACUAAAUGGAUACACAAGCCCGAUGACAAAUGACAGUAGUAGUAARGCUAUCAGUAGAUCCAGUGGCGAAGAGAAGCGCUUCCCAUGUUUAUUCUGUGGGAAAGCCUUCAGUUUCCCCAAACAGGUGGAGAUCCACCAGAGAAUGCACACGGGUGAGAAACCAUUCAGCUGCCACCUAUGCCAGYCCAGUUUUUCACACUCAUCCAGUCUGAAGAGGCACCAGAGCAUGCACACUGGGGAGAAACCAUUUGGCUGCCACCUGUGCCGGGCCAGUUUUUCCCACUCAUUCAACCUGAAGAGGCACCAAAGGGUCCACACAGGGGAGAAACCGUACAGCUGCCCCCAGUGUGAGAAGAGGUUCUCCCACCAGCACCGGCUGAAGAUGCACCUGAAGGUCCACACAGGAGAGAGUCCGUUUGCCUGUACGCAGUGCGGGAAGAGGUUCUCAGAGAGGAGCUGCCUCAGGAUACACCAGCAGAAAAUGCACACGGCCCAUGUAAAGAGUAUAGUGACAUCACCAUCUAACUGAGCAGCAGCAGUUAGGGAGAGCUCCUCAUACAAUUGUAUUAUCUUUGUUCAAUUAUUUUGUACUUUGUUUAUAUGUAGUGCUGUGUUCUCCACAUCUGGAGAUAUUAGUAGAUGUUUUUCCUUUGAGAACAUUGUUUGAUUUUGAGAGAGAUUGAUCAACCUGGCUCUAAAGGCUAGCUAGUCUACUAAGUCAUCUUGAUCAUCUGACAAGAAGCAACAAGGGCAGGAUUGAGGGACUAGGGCAUCAGGACAACGAGAAGAAGGAUGAGGAGAAAUAGAGGAUAAAACCAACAGAAAAAAGGAAUUGAUUUGGAGGAUUUCUGGAGGAUUUGUAAAGGAAAGACAGUAUUUGAAAGUCAACAAACAAACAAAAACACACACAAAGGAGAGGUAGGAUAUCAUAGAUAUCAU